UCUUCCAAAACAAAAAAUGGGAAUAUCUAAACCCUAGCUGCGCCACCUCCAUCUCCUCCUCCACCACCAAUGGCGCCGCCGUCGUCGUUGAGGAAACUCCAAGAGCUGAUGAAGGGCAAAUUGAGCCCCGGGGAAAAUUCAAUUAGGGAUAAGGAUGAAGAGAAUCCGGAGGUUGCGCUUGUUUCAAAGAAGGUGAACAAGAAGUGGAAGAAGCUGCCGGGUACCAAGAAGGGGGAAGGGCGCGACGUGGAUAGGCUGGUCCGGGAGGAGGAUCCCGAGGUUGUGCUUGUUUCAAAGAAGCUGAACAAGAAGCGGAAGAAGCUGCCGGGUACCAAAAGGGGGAAAGGUGCGACGUGGAUAGGCUGGUCCGGGAAGAGGAUCCGGAGGUUGUGCUUGUUUCAAAGAAGCUGAAGACACAUCCGGUGAGUGAACCGAAUGCAUCAUCGAGGGAAUCGAUCUGGGAAUCCAGUGAGCCGCUCACGGGUAAGAAGAGAAAAGAGGGGAAAGGCCACAUCGUGCUGGUCGGGCAGGAUGGUCCGGAGGUUGCUCCUGUGGCAAAGAAGUGGAAGCCAGAUCCGGUGGCAAAGAAGUGGAAGCCAGAGCCGGUGCCAGAGGACAUUCGGUUGAGUGCAUCAUUGACUGUUAUUGUUGCUUAUGCUCCAGACAUGCCACACAGGUAUGGACAUUUGCUAAGGUCGAUUACCUUUCUUCUGCCUUACAAGAGUGAAGGGAAGGCAUAUGAAUGUGAUCCCAACACAGUGAAAGAUCUGAUAAGUCGAACCAGAUGUGGUUUAUGUCUUUUCUUUGAGUGGGUUCAAAGAGAUAAGGAGAUGUUUUGUUGGAUAAUUAAUAUAUCGAAAAAUAAUUCUACUCAGUUACUUGUAAAUCCAGCAUUUGUAUCAGAAAUGUCAGAAGUGAAAGUUAAGCGUGCAGCUUGUGCUUUCUCAUUAAACUUCUGUAGUGAUAAAAAAUGGGCUGGUGUAAAGAAUGCUUUGGAGAUGGUGUUUUCUUCACCUCAACACAAGACAUCUGAAGCUCCUGAUAAUAUGUAUGUCUUCACAAGGAUAGAUGAUUGUGUCUACUUCAGAAAUAUAAAGAUUAAUGAUUUCCCCAAUAUUGCCGAAGGCGAGCCAUUGGAUCUGAAAGAGGUUGGACCUUAUUUUUGCCUGAAGCUUGUGGAUAUUCAUGGAGAGACUGCUGUCACAUAUCUACCUUCAGAUGUUGUUCCACAAAAUAAGAUUAAAGUGUGUCCCAUUCAAUAUUGUAGUUUGUCACCUGAAUUGGGAUCUUGCAUAGCAUCUCAUUCCCUCUACUUGAAUGGCGAAAACUAUACGAUCCUUAUGGAGAAUGGUCAUGAUUUGUCAGCAUUUGAGGGUUAUAAUGUUAGCCUUGAGGAGUUUCUUGCAGAGCAACCAUUAUUGAAAAUAAAACAUAUUGUUGGAUAAAAAACUGGCGAGGAGUGUUUGUUUGUGACAAACAUUGCCAAGUAUAUCAUCAGAUCCAUCCUUGCAUACCUUGUUAAGCUCUUCUCUCGUGACAAAUGUAUCAAAAUGAAGAUAAUAGGGCGCAAACAUAUCUUUCUGAAUGGGUCCAAAGUCAAAUUCUAUGGGGUGGAAUUUGUACAUUUUGAGGAAAAUCAAGCAGAAGACAAUGUAGUGUGUGUUGUUGGGUUAAUAAGAGGAUGCUUCCCUAAAGACCUCAUCCCUAGUGAUUUAAGUGAGAUGCUUGAUCUUUUGCUAUCAGAUCCUCUGCCCAAUCUUGAAGCAGGGAAAGGUGAUUGCUCCCUGCUGUCAGCAAAAGAGAGGACAGAACUCUUGGUUCUUUUGCAUACCGAGUACAUGACAAAUGUAAAACCUAUGUUAUGUGGUAAAGAUGGCGACGAUCCAAAUGGAAAUUUGGAAGAUUUCUUCGUAGGGUGCCUGAGGGAGUCCUGGACUAGGGGGUGUCCUGACAGCCGGACUAUCAUCGUCCGCCGGACUCCAAGACUACGAAGAUACAAGAUUGAAGACUCCGUCCCGUGUCCGGAUGGGACUUUCCUUGGCGUGGAAGGCAAGCUUGG